AUUUCAUAAAAAAUCUGGUUAAAUAACUGUACUAAAGGCGAUUGAAUUUUAAAGGAUUUAAAUGCAAUAAUAGACUCAGUGUUACAACUUUCACACCUUUCAAACCUGUAAAUCUCAACUCUUAACUCGGAAGGAAUUUUGUACUUAAAUACGCUUUUCUCUUGCCUUUCGAGUGAUAUAAAACACAAUUCUGUGGCAAUUUUUAUUUCAAAAAAUCGAAAAUCGAUCUCAAUAGAAAUCGAAAUCGGGGCAUCAUUACUUGUAGCUCCAUCUAUCGAACAAUAUUCAAAGGUUAAAAAUAUUUGCUUUGAAUUUGAUUUAAAUUUGCCUCUCUGUGCUGUUACCGCAAAGUAACUGGUAAACUGGCAAGUAACCAGUUACUGUAGCCAUGCCUGGUUACUCUCCAUCUCUCUCUGUGUCUCUCCAACUAAACCAGAGAAUCAUGAAGAGAGUUUGUUAAGACAAGUUUUCCCAGUAAACUAGACAACUUUCACCAAAACAAUUGGGUAUAAAAGUGGAUAUCAAAUAAAAGUGUUUUCCUUUCUAACCUUUCUUUUUACUGUGUUGUCCAUCUUUUUUUUACUAGACGCUACGUUGUCCUUUACCAUUGGCUGUCAAUAAGCGGCCAACUCAUUGUUACUGCCAACAUUGUUACCACUGUUCAUCUUUAACCAUGAAAUUGACUCAUUGCAAAAGGAUAAUUUCAAAUAGUGUAGUUUUCGUGUCAACACCAUCAACCUCAUCGAUACCAAACUCAUUGCCAUUACCACCAACAUCUCAUAUGAGAACCACUUUUCGGAUAUUAUUGUUUCUCUAUUUACCUUUACUUUCCUACGGAUCGUUCAACUGUUUUCUCAAAUGUAAUUGUGUUUAUAAGAGCAACAAACUACACGCCGAUUGUGGAUCACUUUCAUUAACGGAACUUCCUCAGACUUCUGCAGGCAAAGAGGAAAAAUCAUAUGAAAUUCAAGUUAUGAAUUUGACAAAAAAUAAUUUCGUUGAACUAAAAAAGGAAAUCUUCUCGAAUGCUCAUUUAAUUAAUCUUCAGAGGAUAUUUUUAAGAAAAGCUUCCAUUGAAAAAAUUCAUAAAACAGCUUUCUUCAAGCUUGUUCAAUUGAUCGAACUUGAUCUCGCCUACAAUUUUCUCAAAUCCGUACCAAUAGAUGCAUUCCAGCACAUACCUAAGCUUAAAAUUUUGGAUCUCAGUUUUAAUCAAAUUGAAGUUCUUAAAGAUAAUUCCUUCCAUAGUUUGAACAAUUUAAAGACUCUUCUACUGAACGAUAAUCGGAUAAAAAAGAUCAAUAUCAAUGCAUUUGUUGGUUUAUGGUCUUUAGAAGAGUUACAGUUAAGAGAUAAUUUGUUAUCUUAUAUGCCAAGUAAAGCAUUAAGUCCAUUGAAUGCAACUCAUACAUUAUAUUUAUCUGGUAAUAAGUGGCAUUGUGAUUGUAAGAUGCGAAACCUUCGUCAAAUAUUAAUCUCAAUGGAGAUAAUUGUACCUGACGAACCAAAGUGUUAUAAUUUUGAUAAAAUAUGGACCAAAUUAAAUCUUGAUUCAUUGGUUUGCCCGCCUCAAAUUGCUCCCAAUAAAAGCCUUAUCUAUCGAAUAGAACAAUAUAACAAUUUUUCCCUGUCCUGUUCAUUUUACAUGGAAGAUUCUCAGCCCUUAGCAAUCAAAUGGUACUGGCAAAAUCGUCCAAUAUCCAACAAUAGUGAAGGAAUUAUUCCAAAUCAACAUUUCAGGAUAAAAGAAACAGACAAUGAAGAUAAUAUCGACGAGAAUGGUAAACGAAGAAAGAUUCGUACAUCUCGACUUGAUAUUACAUACAUUUUAAAAUUAAAUGAUGGCAACUAUUCGUGUUCAGCUAAAAAUGAUGCCGGUUCAGCUGAACGCAACUUUACCGUUGAAAUUUCAACUUCCUUCAGAACCUCAUCAUUGGGUGAUUCUCCUGCAGCCGAAGCCUCAAUCGAACCAGGUUUACAUCAUGUUCAUUCUGGAUCAAAAUCCAUUUCUUCUUUGCACAAUCCUUCUUCUUCUUCAUCAACAACGUCCAACUCUGAGUCUCAUACAACCCUGUACGGGCUCAUCUUAGGUAUACUUUUUGGUAUUUUUAUAACUGCAUCACUUUUCGGUGCCAUAAUAAUUAUCUUUUGCCGUCGUCGGUCCAAUCGUCGGUCAACUUUGGGAACAAAUCGGGUGGUUGCCGCUGAAUCGGAGCUCGAAAAGCUGACCACAUCAACAAUCAGUGGAUCGACUCCAUCAAUACAGCCCAUGGCUCCACCGUCUGUUGUCGAUAUAAUUAAUCCGAUUCGUAAGCCUCCAAGACUUGGAUUAACUGCUGGAGAUGAUCAAAUAUGGAUGAUGAAGCGUACAAGUUUCUCGUCAAAUAAUCCUCAUCAUCAUCCUCACCAUGCUCAUAAUCAUCAUCACAUUUACCGAAAUGAUGGUGAUGGUUGCUGCUGUGAUACACCAAUUCCAAUCUAUGAAUAUGAAAAUAAUCCAGAUUUCAAUACUUUUCCUGCCAACACAUCAUUAAUAGGUCCUGAUUUAAUCCAUCAUCAAUCAGCUUCUGAGAGGAAUCACAAAAAACCAAGUGAAGAAGAGAUGAGUAUACAUUCAGAUGGAACUGAAGUAUGAGAUAUCAAAAAGUAUAAACUGAAUCAAAAACCAUUCUUAACAAGACCCAAGGAGAAGAAGCAAAAAAUCUGGAGAAAAAAAACAAGAUCUGUAAAAACUGUGGAUGGAAAUAGACAAGAAAAAUGUGAUAAAGAAGAAGCAAAUCAAAGGAGAAGAGGGGAGGAUGAAGGAGUGAGAAAAGGAGGAUGACGAUGAUGAAAAGAAAUGGAAACAAAAAAGUAUAAAAUGCAAUCAAAAGGCUGUUGAAAAGGCUGAUAUCUGAGGAUAAAAAGAUGGAGAAAGAAGAAGAUGAAGAGCAAAGGGAUGCAAGAAAAUAUUGUGGAUUAAAAGGAUUCCCCAUCAUCUCAAGCUUAAUUUGUUUCCCUUAUUCUUUUCAAAUUCUCUAACUAUUAUUGCUAUUACUUUCAUUUCUAUCACAUACUCUAUUCAGUAUUUUCUUAAGAUUACUCAAGUAGUAAUGGAAUUUUCUUUCCAAAGCUUCAAACUGUGAGAACUCAGAGAGAGAGGGGGAGAGAGAAAGAGAUACAAAGAGAGAUUAUCAUGGAAAUGGGUCUGGAAACGAGGCUCUUUUUUUCUCUCUCUUCAUUUUCUUCUUCUUUUUAUUCCUUUCGUUGAGUAUAUCUCAUAACAUAGAUGUGAUAACAGGGAAUGUGAUGCAGGAUAAAUACAAGCGAAGUGAUAAUCACAUGUAUAUAAGGCCUUUCAAUCCAGAAUGGGCUUAGUCUUUACAGCGUUUCUCAUCAUGUGAAUUAUCAUCAUUAUCAUUUCUUUUCUUUUUUCCUUCUCUCCUUUCUCUUGUUUCUUUAUCAUCUUGUGAUUCGUCUUCUGCUUCAUCAUCAUCACAAAUAUCAUAUUGAUCUGUAUUCUUGAAUCUUUUUCCUUGAGCUGGAGCAAAACAAAAAAAAACAAGGGGAAAAGAGCAACAAGAUGUCAUUACUGAACUGUUUUUGACACUGAACUUUACUGACAUUUUUGGUUAAAAAGAGGAAUAAUAAGAUUCUCAAGGUCUAAUUAAGGCAGUGAAAUUGACGGAUAAAGAUUGGAAAGAGGAAAAGCUCUGAUGAAAGAUUUACCCAGAGGCUUGGGAGAUCUGGUUAAGAAAGGAGUCAAGAAGGAAAAAAAAGAUGAACCUUGAGAUGAAUUCUUACAAUACCUCAAACUCUUCUCUCUGUUGACAUUUUAUUUGCCUGAUCAAUUGUUUGUCUUUUUCUUGUCUUCUUCCAUCUCUUUGCUUGCUAUUAACAUGAUAUAUAACCAUCAUGAAUCAGUAAUCUGUAAGGAAUUGGCUGCCAUUCUUAAUGGAAUUGAGCGUUGUUUCUGUGAGUUGUUGUUUGUUGGUGAAAUUUCGUUGAAAACUCGAGAACAUCCAAUGCUGAUAAUGAUGAUAAAUAUAAUAAAACAAAUGGAGCAAGCUUAAACGCAAAAUCUGGAAAGAAAGGAACAACAUUAACAAUUAGUGAUUCAAUUGAAAUAACCAGAACCAGUAAACAAUUCAAACGAUUGCUUCAAAUAAGACUUUGAUCAAUAUUAAACUGAUCAACGUGAAUUAUCAUCACCAUCGUUAAAUGAAAAUUGUGAAUACAAAUGUAUAUAUUUAUAAAUUCAAGUUCAAUGAAUAAGAAUGGCUAUUGCUACCCUGUAUCUAAAAUUCAUUGAGUAAUGUAAAGAAAUAUGAUGGUCUACCAUUUCCAUGUAAACUCCGCUACCAUUUGUAAAUGUAUUCAGAUUUGUAACUAAAUUUUAACAAAUUAUAAUGACAUAAAUAUAAAUAUA